UUUGUGGUUUAGACAUGGACUCUCUGGCCUGUUUGCUGGUCUGCCUUGUAAUAGUCCUUGAAACCUAAAAGUGGUAAAGUUUCCAAGCAACCAGGGGAAGUGAAGGACCAACCAAGGAUUUAUAAACACUUGUUCCACUGUGAUUUAUUUAGUAGAGGAAUGUAGAGCAGCAUUAAAACCAGAGAAGGGAGUUCUGCCUCUCUUCAAACUCCACUUUCACUUGUCAGCAGCAGGAAACAGACAUAGAGCUUCCUGCUGAUGCAUUUGCCCAGCUGGAGAAACAAAAGUGAUGACAAUACCAGCGAUGUUCACCACUGACCACAUGGUGGUUUAUUGUCUGUCUGAAGUCACCCUCCUCCUGGUUCUGCUGCUGUUUUUGUUCCUGUUCAUCAACGCCUGGAGCCAAGCUCACCACUCCCACAUACCAGGUCCUUCUUUCCUGGUUGGACUCGGUCCACUUCUCUCCUACGCCAGAUUCCUGUGGACCGGGAUCGGAACGGCAUGCAAUUACUACAACAACAAAUACGGAAGCAUUGUUCGGGUUUGGAUUAAUGGAGAGGAGACCCUCAUUUUGAGCAGGUCUACUGCUGUGUACCAUGUGUUGAAAAGUGCUCUGUACACGUCCAGAUUUGGGAGCAAAAGGGGACUAGAGUGUGUUGGGAUGGAGGGGAGAGGUAUCAUUUUCAACAGUGACAUCCCACUUUGGAAAAAAUCAAGGACAUACUUUUCCAAAGCUCUGACUGGCCCUGGCCUGCGGAGGACUGUGGGAAUCUGUGUGAGCUCCACAGACAAACACUUGGACAACCUGCAUGAUGUGACUGACCCCUCAGGACACGUGGAUGCCCUGAGUCUCCUGAGAGCCAUAGUGGUGGACAUCUCCAACAGGCUGUUCCUCAGGGUGCCCCUGAAUGAAAAAGAGCUGCUUAUGAAAAUCAAUGACUACUUUGAGACCUGGCAAACAGUACUGAUAAAACCGGAUAUAUUCUUCAAGAUUGGGUGGCUGUACAACAAACACAAGAGAGCAGCCCAGGAGCUGCAGGAUGUGAUGGAGAGCCUGCUGGAAACGAAAAGAAAACUCAUUAAUGAAACUGAAAAGCUGGAUGAAGAUCUUGACUUUGCAACAGAGCUCAUAUUCGCCCAGAACCACGGAGAGCUCUCAGCAGAUAAUGUCAGGCAGUGCGUACUGGAGAUGGUGAUCGCAGCUCCAGACACGCUCUCCAUCAGCCUCUUCUUCAUGCUGAUGCUGCUCAAACAGUACCCUGAUGUAGAGCUGCAGAUUGUGGAGGAGAUGAACACUGCCAUGAAGGGAAAAUCAGUGGAGAACCUUGACUAUGAUGGACUGAAAGUGAUGGAGAGUUUCAUUAAUGAGUGUUUGAGGUUUCAUCCUGUGGUUGACUUCACCAUGAGGAGAGCUCUGGAGGACGACGACAUCGAAGGCACUAAAAUCAGAAAAGGAACCAACAUCAUCCUCAACAUCGGCCUUAUGCACAAGAACGAUUUCUUCCCCAAACCCAAAGAGUUCAGCCUGGUGAACUUUGACAGCACGGUGCCCAGUCGCUUCUUCCAGCCCUUUGGCUGCGGGCCUCGUUCCUGCGUGGGCAAACACAUCGCCAUGGUGAUGAUGAAGGCCAUCCUGAUCACCCUUUUGUCCCGCUACACGGUGUGUCCCCGCCACGGCUGUACCCUGGACAGCAUCAGGCAGACCAACAACCUGUCUCAGCAGCCUGUGGAGGAUGAGCACGGCCUCACCAUGCUCUUCGUCCCCCGCACACAGAACACUCAGCUGUGAAGCAUGAGAGCAAUGACAUCCCCUCAUUGCUGAGCAGGACGACAUGUGUUUGUGUUAGACCUGCUGGUAAAGACAUAAACACACAUUCAAGAGGUUUUUGCCUUCGUUUCAACAGUGAUAGUGGAAUUUGAUGAAUCAGAGCAAAACACAUUUAAAUGUCUGACAUAGAAAUAAAGAAAAUAAAACGUUAACAGGAAAACAUACUAUGGUUAUAUUAAUCCUACUUAACAAAGAUCAUUUCCUAAAUAACUGUGCUCUUUAUUUUUAUUUACUCCAUUCCAAUCAUUCUUGAGUGAUACAAUCUUUACAGGUUUUGGGCUAAAACAUGGUUUGCUAGCUUAGUCUUCCCCAACACACUGUGAGCCUUAAAGCAACACAAAAUUUUUUUUUUAACUUUAAUCUAGAAAUUUAACAUUGAUCUCAGUGAUUGUUGGGUUAGAAACUUAACCAGUUUCAUAUUUCACACCAUAUUUGGUCUAGGGGGUGAUCAUAUACAUGCAUUACAGCUGUUAGCAUCUCUUACUUUUUCUUCCAGGCUCUGCCAGUAUGCCAGCAGAAAAGCAAACUUCUGAUGUUUAUCAAUGUCAAGGCGCCUGGCCUGUCUUGCUAGACCAGGCGCCUUGCUAAUGAGGACACUGUCCUUCCUUGGUCAAAGAAAACAGUUACAUGGAACAGACUUACAUAUUACAUAUUCAACAUAAAUGUUUAACAACCUUUUUACUUUUUUAAUUGUGUACAUAUUGGUUAGAUUAAAUAUGUAAGCAAGCUACUACCUGCUGUAACAGCCACCAAAGCUGCAACUAGCAACCAUUGAUAACUGCUUUAGAUCUAAAAAACAUUUCAGAUUUCAGUCCAAUAGCUACAAUUAGUUGAUUUACAUUUAAAGUGGAAAUUUGUCCACGAAGUAGCUGCUGGCUCCUGAUCCACCAUCCUUUUGAAAAUACAGCGCUGUAUUCUGGGAAAAUUUUGACCCAGAGACGGCAACAAGACACCUUGCAUGUAUCCUUGCUCAGUUAACUAAACAGCUAACAAGGAGAGGACAGGCGUCUCAGAAACACAAGAACACUGGAACCGAUUGGAACAUGCCUUAGCAUUUCCUCAUGACGUAUUUCCUAGGCAACCAGGGCGGGACCAAGGCAUCAAGGCAAGGUUCCUUGACACUGAGAAACACCCUUCUUCUUUUACUUCUUAUGCAUUUAAUUGAUGAUCAGCAAAUUGAACAAGCUAACUGCACAGAAAACAGCUAACAGUCGUAAUGCAUGUGUAAUGGGCCAUUCCCAUCUGUACCGGGCCGGGUAGCGUAGGUUGUUUACAUAUCUGGGUGGCCUGGUAUUUUUCCGGGCCAACCAAGGCUCAUUCGCAGCCCUCUUCUCGAGGGGGUCUGCUUCAGGCCGACCAGGGCCAACACACCCACUGCUGACAGCAAAUUCACACCUUCCAUUAGAGCAAGCCUCUGAUUGGUGGGUAGAAUCAGCCCACAUGGGCUUAAGGCAAGGAUGUGUGGAAUCAACCGGGCCAGGCUGGGGCCGACUGGGGCUACCUGGCCCAGGCCGACCCGGUACAGAUGGGAAUAGCCCAUAAGAGCACCCCCUAGAGCACCUACCCCUCCACAAAACUGUAAAGUGCAGUAUGUGGCCAGUAGAGGGCUGCAGAGUGGUGUCAAAUAUGAAACUGUUCAAGUUUCUAACCCAACAACCACUGAGAUCAAUGUUAAAGCUUUAGCUUAAAGUUAAAAAAAAAACGAUUUAGUGUUACUUUAACUAUCAUUUAAGAGCUUUUUGUCAAUUUGUUAGUCAUUUGAUUAAACUUUAUCAAAAAAUAUUCUGAUAUGAAACUUUCCCGAGUACUCCUUUUCUUCACUGAACUAACGUGGAUUCAACAUGACCACCUGAGCCAAGAUUUCUGGGACAUGUGAGUGAAAAUUCAGUCAUUAAAGAGUCAUUUCAAGUCUUUUCACAUGAGCUGAAUUUAUUUAUAAUUUACUAGAAUGUAGUGAGAGGCACUCUGAGAAACAAGAACUCUGUGCCACAGGCACAAAUCAAACAUGCCGCCUUGGCAUCACAACGUAAGGCAAAAGGGUUCAUCUAAGCAGCCUCGCACCAUGCUUUAAAGUCAGUGCACGAGUAUGACAUGAGACAAAAAUCAGACAGAUUUCUCCUGUCUUAGUGAAAAUAUGACAAAAAUGAGGAUAUAAAUAAAUGUUUUAAUACUGAAUAGAUGGAAUUCAUACUUGAAGUGAAAUGUUAGUCAUAUUUAACAUAACCAUAAGUGCAUAGACGGUUUAAUUAGAUAAAAGGCAACAUCUGUAAAGGAUCAAUAAGAUAAACAUUACUGUGAUUAGGACAAAAAUCCUUUACCACAGAUGCCCAGCAGAAAUAAGGAGGUGUUAAAUCUUUAGGCAAUAACAAAUGUAAACACAUACAUAUAAAUAUCAGCACUGACGUUCAGCUUUCUACCAAGAUUUUCCUGUAAAGACAACAUUCCUGUGAUUUUCCACAUAGUGAGCAAAAAAUAAAAAAACAAUGGUUUUUUUUUUCUGUCUUAAAAUUUUAAGAAGUUCAGACAGUAAUUGAAAGUAGAUCAGAGCAAUAAUGUCACGUCUCAACUAAGAUGAAUGAAACAUGUCUGUGUAACAUUAAAUUACUCCACUGGCACAUAAACAAUAAAAUUGACUUUUUAACAAA